AUGUGAGGAGCCAUGCCGGUGCUGUCAGCAGGAGCAGGUCUCCAUGAGACUCUGGCCCUGCUCACGUCUCAGCUGAGGCCUGAUGCCAACCACAAGGAGGACAUGGUGUUCCUCAGAGACGUCUUCAGUGAGAGGAGCCUGGCCUACCUCAUGAAGAUUCAUGAAAAGCUGAGACAGUAUGAAAGACAGAGCCCCAGUCCCAUCCUCCACAGUGCAGCUACUCUCGCCGAAGAUGUGGCGGAGGAGCUCCAGUGUGGACCAAUGAGCACAGAGGAGAAGGAACUGCUACAUCUCCUCACAUCACCACAUCUAAAGGCAGUCUUAUCAGUCCAUGACACAGUAGCACAAAAGAGCUUUGACCCGGUGCUCCCUCCGCUCCCCGACGACUACGAAGACGAGCUCGAUGAAGAGUCUGUGAAGAUCGUCCGCCUGGUCAAGAACAAGGAGCCACUCGGAGCCACGAUCAGAAGAGAUGAAGCCUCUGGAGCUGUGUUAGUUGCUCGCAUCAUGAGAGGAGGAGCAGCUGACCGCAGCGGACUGGUGCAUGUUGGGGAUGAACUCAGAGAAGUCAAUGGAGUCUCAGUUUUGCACAAAAGGCCAGACGAAAUCAGCCAACUACUGUCCCAGUCCCAGGGCUCCAUCACUCUCAAAAUAAUCCCAGCCAUCAAAGAAGAGGACCGCCUGAAGGAGAGCAAGGUGUACAUGAGAGCGCUGUUCGACUACAUCCCCAUAGAGGACAAAGCUACGCCCUGUCAGGAGGCGGGGCUUCCCUUUAAGAAGGGGGACAUCCUGCAGGUGGUCAGUCAGGACGACCAUACCUGGUGGCAGGCCAAACGAGUGGGAGACAGCAACCUGCGGGCCGGGCUCAUCCCCUCCAAACACUUCCAGGAGAGACGGCUGGCUUACCGGAUCAAAAUGGGCACUCUCCCCAACCCCAAAUCUCCUAAAAAAUCGUCUUACGAACAGGGAUGUGAUAAAGAAGACUGUGAUUGUGAGGGCUAUUUCAAUGGACAGUACAUAGUCUCUCCUAAGUGUAAAGCAGUGGCGCCCUCCUGUGGCCAGGUGUUUUCAUGGGAGUUUUACUCAGCUGGUCUGCGGAGGAGUUUUCGUCUCAGUCGUAAGGACAGACAGGGUUCGUGUGGAGAGGGUUCAGACUCUGGAGACUCAGACUUCCUGACGUACGAGGAGGUGACACGUUAUCAGCAGAGACCCAACGAGAGACCCAGGCUCGUGGUGCUCAUCGGUUCUCUUGGAGCUCGGAUCAAUGAGCUCAAACAGCGCGUGAUCGCAGAAAACCCUCAUCGAUACGCAGUGGCUGUACCUCACACAACAAGACCCAAAAAGCCCCAUGAGAAGGAAGGAGUCGAAUACCAUUUUGUCACCAAGCAGCAGUUUGAUGCAGAUGUUAUCAACAACAAAUUCAUAGAGCACGGUGAAUAUAAAGAGAACCAGUAUGGAACCAGUAUAGAGGCCAUCCGCUCAGUCCAGGCCAAGAACAAGAUGUGUAUCGUGGACGUACAGCCAGAGGCUCUGAGGCGUCUGCGGACCGCUGAGUUCAAGCCCUACGUGAUCUUUGUGAAACCUCGAAUCCCGGAGAGCAGAAGGAGACGCAGCGCUGCAACAUCACCAGGAGGGGGAGACCACGGACGCAUCACGGACGAGGACCUGCAGGAGAUGCGUCAGUCGGCGGCACAGAUCGAGCAGCAGUACGGUCACAUGGUCGACCGGGUUCUGAUCAAAGAGGACUCGGCCAGCGCCUGUGCGGAGCUCAGGGGGGUCCUGGAGCGGCUGGAGAGAGAGGCCUUUUGGGUGCCCCUCAGCUGGGUGCGCCCGUGA